AUGCCGAAGAGCAUACGCUUAGCAGACCCAGUGUUUGACAAACCUGGUCAAAUAAAUCUACUAGUAGGAGCAGGACUUUAUUGGAAGAUCCUCGUCGGCAACCCGAGAAAUCAAGUUUCUGGACAACCAGCUCUACAAAAUACGCGCUUAGGUUGGAUAAUUGGAGGUGAAAUACCUGGAAAGCAAUCGAAAUCAUCAAUGACGCACUUAUCGAUCACGAAUGAGAUGCUGAGCAGACAAAUCGAACAAUUUUGGAAGCAAGAAGAGUUUCCGGAAAUCCCUCAAUACACCGAAGAAGAAAAGUAUUGCAAGGAGUACUUUGCAAAUACAGUCAAGCGAGAACCAGACGAUCGAUUCGUUGUGCGACUACCGCUGCGAUCAGAGGUAAUUCUAGGAGGUUCAAAGGAGCAGGCAUAUCGACGGUUAUUGUCGCUCGAACGAAGAUUCUCAAAAAAUCGAGAAUUUCAGAAGGAGUAUGUCAAAUUUAUGGAUGAUAUCUAA